AUGGUAACCCAAUUCCUCAUCUUCUUUCUCUUCUCCUGCUAUGUUGUCACCUCUGUCUCCAUAGAAGACACUGGUUUCGUGCGUUCACUAGACCACAAGUUUCUAGGCAUGGAGAAGAAAGAAACGAUCACCCACUUCAGGUUCUACUGGCAAGACAUAGUAAGUGGAAGCAACGCAACCUCAGUUACAAUUACUGUUGGAUUUCCUACAAUUACUCCAUCACUUCCUAAAUAUAACUCAACCACUAUCUUCGGUUUGGUUGGAAUCAUCGACAACGCUUUGACCUUAGGACCAGAACUGAGUUCAAAGCUUGUGGGAAGAGCUGAAGGAUUCUAUGCAUCUAUAUCACAGACAGAGUUCGAUCUUCUUAUGGUUAUGAACUUCGUAUUAUUCGAAGGGAAGUACAAUGGAAGCAGCAUCACCAUCUUGGGGAGGAACGUUGCUUACAAUUGA